CGCGCCGCCGCGCUAGAAUGGAGGUACCCGGCGGCAGCGAUCCCAGCGGCGACGGGGCUGGGGACGGUGCCCACCCGGACCCCCGGGCCCCCGGCGCCGCUGCGCCCAGCUCCGGUCCGUGCGCGGCCGCCCGAGAGUCGGAGCGCCAGCUGCGCCUCCGCCUCUGCGUCCUCAACGAGAUCUUGGGCACCGAGAGGGACUACGUGGGCACCUUGCGCUUCUUGCAGUCGGCAUUCCUGCACCGCAUCCGGCAGAACGUGGCGGACUCAGCGGAGAAGGGCCUCACGGAGGAGAAUGUCAAGAUCCUGUUCUCGAACAUUGAAGACAUCCUGGAUGUUCAUAAGGAUUUCUUGGCUGCCUUGGAGUACUGUUUACAUCCGGAGCCUCAGUCUCAGCAUGAACUUGGGAACGUUUUCUUAAGAUUCAAGGACAAGUUCUGCGUGUACGAGGAAUAUUGCAGCAACCACGAGAAGGCCCUGCGGCUGCUGGUGGAGCUGAACAAGAUCCCCACUGUGCGCGCCUUCCUUUUGAGCUGCAUGCUUCUGGGAGGCCGCAAGACCACGGACAUCCCUCUGGAGGGCUACCUGCUGUCUCCGAUUCAGAGGAUCUGCAAGUACCCGCUCCUCCUCAAGGAAUUAGCCAAGAGGACCCCCGGGAAGCACCCGGACCACCCCGCAGUCCAGAGCGCCCUGCAGGCCAUGAAAACCGUGUGCUCCAAUAUCAAUGAGACCAAGCGGCAGAUGGAGAAGCUGGAGGCCCUGGAGCAGCUGCAGUCCCACAUCGAAGGCUGGGAGGGCUCCAACCUCACGGACAUCUGCACCCAGCUCCUCCUGCAAGGGACUUUGUUAAAAAUCUCCGCAGGCAACAUCCAGGAGAGGGCCUUCUUCCUCUUUGACAACCUCCUCGUCUACUGCAAGCGGAAAUCCAGGGUCACCGGGGGCAAGAAAUCCACCAAAAGGACCAAAUCCAUCAACGGCUCCCUCUACAUCUUCAGGGGCCGCAUCAACACUGAAGUCAUGGAGGUGGAGAACGUGGAGGAUGGGACAGCGGAUUACCACAGCAAUGGCUACACUGUCACCAACGGCUGGAAGAUCCACAACACGGCCAAGAACAAGUGGUUUGUCUGCAUGGCCAAGACGGCGGAGGAGAAGCAGAAGUGGCUGGACGCCAUCAUCCGGGAGCGGGAGCAGCGCGAGAGCCUGAAGCUGGGCAUGGAGCGGGACGCCUAUGUCAUGAUUGCGGAGAAGGGGGAGAAGCUUUACCACAUGAUGAUGAACAAGAAGGUGAACCUGAUCAAGGACCGCCGGAGAAAGCUGAGCACCGUCCCCAAGUGCUUCCUCGGCAAUGAGUUUGUUGCCUGGCUCCUGGAAAUUGGUGAGAUCAGCAAGACCGAAGAAGGAGUGAACUUGGGCCAGGCCUUGCUGGAGAACGGCAUUAUCCACCAUGUUUCUGACAAGCACCAGUUCAAGAACGAGCAGGUGAUGUACCGCUUCCGCUACGAUGAUGGCACGUACAAGGCCCGGAGUGAGCUGGAGGACAUCAUGUCCAAGGGUGUGAGGCUUUACUGCCGUCUGCACAGUCUCUAUACCCCCGUGAUCAAAGACCGCGAUUACCACCUGAAGACGUACAAGUCGGUGCUGCCGGGGAGCAAGCUGGUGGACUGGCUGCUGGCUCAGGGCGACUGCCAGACACGGGAGGAGGCAGUGGCGCUCGGCGUGGGCCUGUGCAACAACGGCUUCAUGCACCACGUGCUGGAGAAGAGUGAGUUCAAGGAUGAGUCGCAGUACUUCCGCUUCCACGCAGACGAGGAGAUGGAGGGGACCAGCAGCAAGAACAAGCAGCUGCGCAACGACUUCAAGCUGGUGGAGAACAUUCUGGCCAAGCGCCUGCUGAUCCUGCCCCAGGAGGAGGACUACGGCUUCGACAUCGAGGAGAAGAACAAGGCCGUGGUGGUGAAGUCGGUCCAGAGGGGCUCGCUGGCCGAGAUGGCCGGCCUGCAGGUGGGGAGGAAGAUCUACUCCAUCAACGAGGACCUGGUGCUCCUGCGGCCCUUCGCGGAGGUGGAGACCGUCCUCAACCAGUCUUUCUGCUCCCGCCGCCCACUGCGCCUUCUGGUGGCCACCAAGGCCAAAGAGAUCAUCAAAGUGCCCGACCAUCCAGAGGCUUUGUGCUUCCAGAUCCGUGGAGCUGCCCCGCCCUACGUCUAUGCUGUCGGGAGAGGCUCAGAAGCUGCGGCCGCAGGGCUCUGUGCCGGCCAGUGUAUCCUGAAGGUCAAUGGCAACAACGUCAUGAACGACAGUGCCCCGGAAGUCCUAGAGCACUUCCAGGCGUUCCGGAACCGCCGGGAAGAGGCCCUGGGCCUGUACCAGUGGAUCUACCACACCCACGAGGACGCUCAGGAGGCCCGAGCCAGCCAGGAGGCCCCUGGCGAGGACCCCGGUGGCGAGGGGGCCCAGGAGGAAGACCAGCCCGACUCAGCCUUCUCCCUGCUGUCCCUGGGUCCCCAGCUGAGCCUGCAUGAGGACAGCCCUGUGGUCAGCCUGACUGUGGACAACGUGCACCUGGAGCACGGCGUGGUGUACGAGUACGUGAGCACAGCUGGCAUCAAGUGUCACGUGCUGGAGAAGAUCGUGGAGCCCCGCGGCUGCUUCGGCCUCACUGCCAAGAUCCUCGAGGCCUUUGCUGCUGAUGACAGUGUCUUCGUGCAGAACUGCGGGCGGCUCAUGGCCCUGAGUAACAACAUCAAGACCAUGUCCCAUUUCGAGUUUCGCAACAUCUGCGACAUCAAGCUGGAGAGCAUUGGCCAGAGGAUUGCCUGCUAUCAGGAGUUUGCAGCCCAGCUGAAGAGCAGGGUCAGCCCACCCUUCAAACAAGCACCUCUGGAACCCCAUUCUCUGUGUGGCCUGGAUUUCUGCCCCACCAACUGCCACAUCAACAUCAUGGAAGUGUCCUACCCCAAGACCACUCCCUCCAUUGGCAGGUCCUUCAGCAUUCGCUUUGGUCGCAAACCCUCCCUCAUUGGACUUGACCCAGAGCAAGGCCACCUGAACCCUAUGUCCUACACCCAGCACUGCAUCACCACCAUGGCUGCCCCCUCCUGGAAGUGCCUGCCUGCCAUGGACGGGGACCUUCAGUGCCAAGGGACCCAUGACAGCAGCUUCGGGCCAGCCAAUGGGACCCUGAGCCCGGAGGACCGGGGCCUGCGCUUUCUCCUCAAGCAGGAGGACCGUGAGAUCCAGGAUGCCUUCCUGCAGCUCUUUACCAAACUGGAUGUCGCGCUGAAGGAGAUGAAGCAGUACGUCACCCAGAUCAACAGGCUGCUGUCCACCAUCACAGAGCCCACCUCAGGUGGGUCCUGCGAUCCGCCCUUGUCUGAGGAGGCCUCCUCCUCCCCACUGGUCAGCGAAGAGAGCGAGAUGGACAGGACCGACCACGGGGGCAUCAAGAAAGUGUGUUUCAAGGUGUCUGAGGAGGACCAGGAGGACUCGGGUCAUGACACCAUGAGCUACCGUGACUCCUACAGCGAGUGUAACAGUAACCGGGACUCCGUCCUGUCCUACACCAGUGUGAGAAGUAACAGCUCCUACCUGGGCAGUGACGAGAUGGGGUCCGGGGACGAGCUGCCCUGUGACAUGCGGAUCCCAUCAGACAAGCAGGACAAGCUUCACGGCUGCCUGGAACAUCUCUUCAACCAGGUGGACUCCAUCCAUGCACUCCUCAAGGGGCCAGUCAUGAGCAGGGCUUUUGAAGAGACCAAGCACUUCCCCAUGGACCACAGCUUGCAAGAGUUCAAACAGAAAGAAGAGUGUACAAUCCGUGGCCGGAGCUUGAUCCAGAUCAGCAUCCAGGAGGACCCUUGGAAUCUCCCCAACUCCAUCAAGACCCUGGUGGACAACAUUCAGAAAUAUGUGGAAGAUGGGAAGAACCAGCUGCUCCUGGCCUUGCUGAAAUGCACAGACACAGAGCUGCAGCUGCGGAGAGACACCAUCUUCUGCCAGGCCCUGGUGGCUGCCGUGUGCGCCUUCUCGGAGCAGCUCCUGGCGGCCCUCAGCUACCGCUACAACAACAACGGCGAGUACGAGGAGAGCAGCCGAGACGCCAGCCGCAAGUGGCUGGAGCAGGUGGCGGCCACCGGUGUCCUCCUGCACUGCCAGUCCCUGCUGUCGCCAGCCGCUGUGAAGGAGGAGCGGACCAUGCUGGAGGACAUCUGGGUGACCCUGUCGGAGCUGGACAACGUCACCUUCUCGUUCAAGCAGCUGGACGAGAACUACGUGGCCAACACCAAUGUCUUCUACCACAUCGAGGGCAGCCGGCAGGCGCUGAAGGUCAUCUUCUACCUGGACAGCUACCACUUCUCCAAGCUGCCCUCCCGCCUGGAAAGCGGGGCCAGCCUCAGGCUGCACACCGUGCUCUUCACGAAAGCUCUGGAGAACAUGGAGGGGCCGCCUCCUCCAGGCAGCCAGGCGGCAGAAGAUUUGCAACAGGAGAUCAAUGCCCAGUCCCUGGAGAAAGUUCAGCAGUAUUACCGCAAACUCAGGGCAUUUUACCUGGAACGGUCCAACCUGCCCACAGAUGCCAGCACCACGGCUGUGAAGAUAGACCAGCUGAUCCGUCCCAUCAACGCCCUGGAUGAGCUCUGUCGCCUCAUGAAGUCCUUCGUCCACCCCAAGCCUGGUGCCGCCGGGAGCUUGGGCGCCGGCCUCAUCCCCAUCUCCUCCGAGCUCUGCUACCGCUUGGGGGCCUGCCAGAUCGCCAUGUGUGGCACGGGCAUGCAGAGGAGCACCCUGAGUGUCUCCCUGGAGCAGGCGGCCAUCCUGGCGCGGAGCCACGGGCUGCUCCCCAAGUGCAUCAUGCAGGCCACAGACAUCAUGCGGAAGCAGGGCCCCAGGGUGGAGAUUCUGGCCAAAAACCUUCGGGUCAAGGAUCAGAUGCCCCAGGGCGCACCGCGGCUCUACCGCCUCUGCCAGCCGCCCGUGGAUGGAGACCUGUGAACGCCCGGACGCGUGGUGCUCGGCUGCGCGCCCUGGAGCUGGGACUUGGGAGGAGCUGGGA